AUAAUCCGUGUGGAAAUAUCAGCGCUGUAAGGACUUUCAGGAAGUAGUUAGCUGCCGUGUUUGAGUGACAGCCCACAACGGGACGGCGGACGGUGUUGUGUCGAAAAAGGCACCCCUGUCAUGAAAAACACCCCUGUCGGAGGAAGCGCAUUAGAAGGCAGAUAGGCAGCCCGCAGAGCAAGGCGAUACUCAAGAUGGCAGGUCUAUCUUUAUACUUUGAAGAUGGCCAUGAUGAUCUGGAUGACUUUGGAUUUGAUGAUUAUGCUUCAGAUUGCGACGGCAUCCGUAUCACAGCAUUCCUUGAUGCUGGACAAGACAACCUCACCCCUUUAGGAAGGUUGGAGAAGUACGCCUUCAGCGACAAUACAUUCAAUAGGCAGAUCGUGGCUCGUGGCCUGCUUGAUGUGCUUCGAGAGUUCAGUGACAAUGAGAAUGACUUUAUCAGUGUCAUGGAGACAAUUGCCAGAAUGUCGGAAGAUGGAGAGCCCACCGUGCGAUCGGAGCUGAUGGAACAAGUUCCUAACAUUGCCAUGUUUUUGCAUGAGAGUCGGCCCAAUUUCCCAGCUGCUUUCUCGAGGUACUUGGUACCGAUUGUGGUGCGCUAUCUCACAGACCCAAAUAACCAGGUGCGGAAGACGAGUCAGGCAGCGCUACUCGUGUUGUUGGAGCAGGGCCUCAUUUCUAAAGCUGACAUGGAGACCAAAGUUUGCCCCGUUCUGCUCGACCUGACGGAAACGAGCAGUGAUGAUGACUACAAAAUUGAGGCAGUUGCUAUCAUGUGUAAAGUUGUCACCAUGUUGAGCAAAGACACAGUGGAGCAUCUGUUGCUGCCUCGCUUCUGCGACCUGUGCAGCGAUGCCAGACUCUUCCAAGUGCGCAAGGUGUGUGCAGGUAACUUUGGGGAGUUCUGUUCGAUUGUUGGCCAGGAAGCCACAGAAAAACUUCUGAUGCCCAAGUUCUUCAACCUGUGCUCAGACAGCCUUUGGGGCAUCAGGAAAGCGUGUGCUGAGUGCUUCAUGACAGUCUCCAAUUCCACCUCUCCAGAGGUGCGACGCUCUAAACUGUCCCCCCUCUUCAUCAACCUCAUCAGCGACCAGUCCCGUUGGGUGCGACAGGCUGCCUUUCAGUCUCUGGGGAGAUUCAUCUCCACCUUUGCCAACCCUUCCAGCGCAGGCCUUCAUUUUAGGGAAGAUGGUGCACUUCCAGAGGUCCCCAGGUGUACGUCAGACAGCAACUGCUCUCUAAAUUCCCUGAACUGUGCCGACAUUAGCAUCUGCCACAAAGAGAGAGCCAUCACUCACACCCCUCCCAAUCAGGACGGCAGGGCGACGCCAUCGCCUGAGCACGUUUCGGCGCCGGACAGCGAGGACCACUUUGAGGAGAGCCAUUUUUCUGUCCCCAGAGAGACUCUCACAGACAGCGGUGGCACUCCCCUGGUUACAAACAAUGCUAGAAACACAAAAGAAACGGAGCCGACAGACCAGAGCUUUAACUCUUUCCACUACUGGAGAGCUCCUUUACCCGACAUCAGCGACGAACUGGAGAUGCUUAAUUGUCAGAAGUCCGAGGAAGGGAUAGAAAAGGGGGUAGAAGAAGAAGAACCUGAGGAAAAUUGUCCAGAGUCUAAAUCCAGCCACGGCAAAGCUACCAGCGAUCAGAUCCAGAAGGUUUUGGAUUGUUUGCAACCUCACAUUGAUGACCCUGACGUACAAGCUCAAGUUCAAGUAUUGUCAGCGGCUCUGAAAGCUGCCCAGCUUGACAGCCCGACGGACAACAGUCCAACUGAGCAGCAACCAGAAGCGCUGCUAGAAGCUAACGACGAGAGCCCGCUGGCGGAGAACACGACGGGGGAGAUUCAGUCGGAGGAAACGCAGGAAACUUGCACAGACGAGGAGCAAACGGUGGAAACUCCUCCAGCCUCGGAGCCGAGCCCAGUCCAAGAACAAGAAGACGAGCAGACGCAGACAGAGCCCCAAGAGGAAGACGAGGACGAGGAGGAGGAGGAGGAGGAGGAGCAAUCUUCCCCUGGCUCUCCAGUACAGGAGUCUGAAUUAAUUGAAAGCAUGGAGGAGGAGGAGAAGGAUGACUGUCCCCACAGCCCAGUGUCUGAAGAAAAGCCGAAAAUCCAGAAUGUUAUCCCCCAGCAGCUGUUGGAUCAGUACCUCUCUAUGACGGACCCGGCGCGCGCGCAGACGGUGGAUACAGAGAUAGCCAAACACUGUGCCUUCAGCCUGCCCGGGGUGGCGCUCACUCUGGGUCGACAGAACUGGCAUUGCCUCAAGGACACGUAUGAAACGCUGGCCAGUGACGUGCAGUGGAAGGUGCGGCGUACUUUGGCGUUCUCCAUCCAUGAGCUUGCAGUCAUUCUGGGCGAUCAGCUGACGGCUGCUGACCUGGUGCCCAUCUUUAACGGUUUCCUCAAAGACCUGGACGAGGUUCGCAUCGGCGUGCUCAAACACUUGUAUGACUUUCUGAAGCUGCUGCACGCAGACAAGAGGAGGGAGUAUCUGUACCAGCUGCAGGAGUUCAUGGUGACCGACAACAGUCGCAACUGGAGAUUCAGAUAUGAGCUGGCAGAGCAGCUGAUCCUGAUCAUCGAGUUGUACAGCCACUACGACGUCUACGACUACCUCAGACAGAUAGCGCUCACUCUUUGCUCUGACAAAGUGUCAGAGGUCAGAUGGAUCUCCUAUAAACUGGUCGUGGAGAUCCUCCAGAAGCUGUAUGCAUGCGGAGCCGACGAGCUGGGUCUCAACUUCAUUAACGAGCUCACAGUCAGGUUCUGCCACUGUCCCAAAUGGGUGGGGAGGCAGGCGUUUGCUUUCAUCUGCCAGGCCAUUGUUGAGGAGGACUGCAUGCCCAUGGAUCAGUUCAGCCAGCACCUCCUGCCCAGCCUGCUCAGCCUCUCCUCUGACCCGGUGGCUAAUGUCCGCGUUCUGGUGGCCAAGGCUUUAAGGCAGAGUGUGAUGGAGAAAGCUUACUUUAAGGAGCCGGGCUGUCCCUAUGCCGACGAGCUGGAAGAGACCGUCAUGGCUCUGCAGUCUGACAAGGACCGGGACGUCCGAUUCUUCGCCAGCCAGGACCCGAACAAAGGCCUGAUGGACACGGCUCCUUUGAUCUAACCCCCCCUGCCCUCCCUCCUUCAAACUGCAUCGCAGCCCAUCUGCCUGUCUUACCUGUCUGCCUGACCGACGCACCGUAACCUUUGACACCAGCACCCGACCAGGUCCCAAACCACUGGCCUUUAGGGCGGAUCUGAACCCGUUGGAGAUCAGGACCGAUGUUCAGGUUGAGACUCAGAAAGCUAAAAGGUUCUCAGACGACACAAAGCCCGUCUCUGGCUGGGCUGCAGCAAGCGCACAUGAAAAUGAAAACAAGCCUUCUUCUCAGAGUUUUUGGAACAAUGAACUGGACUCGGGUGGCUGCUUUAAGCCUGACCCCUUCCCCCUCCCUCAUCCACAUUAACACCCACCUUAAACAGACUAAUGAACUUAAGCCGGGCUUACCUCCUCCAAAGUGAUUUCCAAGCUUGAGCUGAUUCAGAUGCUUUUUUUUUUUUCCUUCUAAAUUCUUCUUCAUGUGUUUUUUUCUCAGCAGACCAGCGGGCUGAGGCCUGCAGGGCUCUGUGCACUAACUCAGGGGGACUUUUCUGAACCUGAACAGCAUUAUGAAGCUGACAGCUGGAGACCUCCGGCUGUCCCAGCAGCAGACCAGCUGAAACGGGCAGCUCUGCUGGUCACUCGUCUCAGAUGUCCGUUUUUUUUGUCUGAGCGCUCCUCUUGGUUAUCUGUUCCCCUUGCGUUCAUAUCACUCUCUCUCUCCCUUCAUGGGACACAGAAACCACUAACUGCUGCCCAGUAAGAGCAGUGAUUCUACCACUCAGCUGGAUUAAAGCGUAUCUGUGCCUGUUAAUGAGGCAGUUUCUGUCCCACAGGGCGGAAACGCGUUUUGAUCCGAUCGGCCGCUGCGACGAGAAACGGGUUCUGAAUGUUCUCCGGUUUUUAUUCUUUGAUUUCUCGAAUUUUCUUGAUAAUCGGUUAAAUUCACACAAGGGCUCACGAUGAAGUGAUGCACGGUGGCUCCACAGUCAGAGAGCAGAAAGCACAGUGUUGGACGAUGCAUGUUUCCCCUCAUGUAGCGUCUGUCUCACUUCCGACUGAAUGGUCGCUCAGUAGAAAAUAACGCCGGCUGUGUUAAGAGACUGAUCAAGUUUCCUUAUUUUGGUCAAAUGAUUGAAUAUGAGGUUUCUCCAAGUUUCUUAUUAUUUUUUUUUUCGAUUUUCUGUACAGUGUGAACCUUCGAAAAAAGAAAAAGUAUGUAAAUGGAACCAAGGCCAGUUUAGUGGAGAUGUGUGUGAAUAUUGGGAGCAGUCACCAAGUCACUUUUUGUUUUUGCAGUGUCUGGAGCUCAGUUGUUCUGUUGUAAAUUGUUUCCCCUCUUUUUUUUUUUUUCUUGAUUGAGCAUCAUUUGAAAACUAGCGCUGAUUGUGGUUUUUUUCUGUGCAUCUCGGGUCUUUCUUCCUUUGAAAGGAGAGCUCACCGCAGUAAUGGCGGUGUCCACUCAUCUCGUCUGUCUGCAUUUUGUGUCCCAUCUCAUUUUUUUUUAUAUGUAGUAGAACAGUUAAUAUAUACAUUUUAUGAAAUUUAUUUUCUUUUUCAAUUAUGCACCACAAUUCAAAGAUUUUAUAUCCUAACUUUACAAGAUUUACAACCUUUGUAAUAUUCAAUGGUUUCUUUUAAAAAGACAUUUUAUGUAAUGUUAUUUUUAGUAUUCUGUAAUUAAACUGAUGGA